UUAUCUCCUAGCUGCAGGCAGGGAGCACCCGGGCCUCAGGGUGGAGAGGCCAGACUAGGAAGCCGUCAUCGACAGCCUGAGCCACACACCACACACCACACAGCCCCAGUCCCAUAGAGGCAUGGCGGUCCUCCAGCUGCUCUUCUUUGCUGUGCUGGCUGCCUGUGGCCUCUCAGAGGAGCAGACAGAAGGUAUCACCAUUGCCUACAAAGUCCUGGAAGUUUAUCCCCAAAGCCAGAGAGUGCUUAUAUCCUGCGACGCCCCCGAGGCACCCCGGCCUAUCACGUAUUCUCUCAUGGCUAGCCGAGGUGUCCUGGUGGCAAAAAAGGUUGUGCAUGACUCCACGCCGGCCUCCUUCAACAUCAAUAUCACGAUCAAGUCCAACCCAGACCUGCUCACCUACUCCUGCCAGGCAGCCUCGAACUCGGGCACUUAUGGGCCCAGCAGCAGGCUGCAGAUGUACCAGGAACUGUGGGCUAAGCCAGUGUCUCAGCUGCAUGCCAACCUGGACCUCAUCCUACACAAAGACAACUCAGGCCCCACUGCGGAGCUGUCCUGUCUGGCGUCCUCAGGCAGCCCCCCCAUCACCUACCGCCUGGUGGGGAGCAAUGGGUGGGUACUCGCACAGCAAAGGCCGCUCCAUGGGAAACCUGCCAGCUUCUCCCUCCCGCUGUCCCAGACCUCAGAUUGGUUCCAGUGCGAAGCUGAAAACAACAUCAGUGUGGACAGAAGUGCCCGAGUCCUGCUGCCCCCAGAGGCACCAUCCGAGCUGGCAACCGCCCUCGCCGGGGAGCUGCCCCUGACACCCACCUGUAUUCUGGCUGGCAGCCUCAUCUCCAUUGUAGUCAUUGCUUCCAAGAUGCUGAGCUCAACCAGGUUGUGACCAGAAGACAGAGCCAUGGGCUUGCCUCUUGCCCUAUACAAGAACCUGCCAAUGGAGCCAAAGAGAGCCUGGGGAGUGGGGUAGAAAAUGGGGUGGCGCAGGGCUGGAGAGAUGGCUCAGCAGUUAAGGGCACUGACUGCUCUUCCAGAGAUGCUGAGUUCAAAUCCCAGCAACCACAUGGAGGGUCACAAACAUCUGUAAUGGGAUCGGAUGCCCUCUUCUGAAGGCAGCUACAGUGUACUCCUAUACAUAAAAUAAAUAAUUAUUUUAAAUAAAACAAAGAAGGAAAGGGGGUGCAGAUCAGGGUGCCAAAAGUGGUGUACCCCAAAAGGGGCCUAGAAAUCUAGAGCAUUAGUGUGAACGAGGCCCAAAGGAAUAAAAUUGUGUCGUGUGGGA